GCCCGCCUCGUCCCGCCCUCGCCGCCCGGUUGGCUGCCGCCGCGCCUUCGGCCUUUCCAAUAUGGCGGCGCCCAGCAGAGCGGCGAGCUGCGAGGACUUCGCCGAGUUCCAGGAGUUGCUCAGAGUGAUGAGGACGAUUGAUGACAGAAUUGUCCACGAGUUAAACACUACAAUUCCAACAGCUUCCUUCGUAGGGAAAAUUGAUGCCAGCCAGACAUGUAAAGAGCUCUACCAGUCUCUGAUGGAAGCUCACACCAGCAGAGAGAGAAUCAUCAAAAACUGCAUCGCUCAGACUUCCAGUGUAGUGAAAACUCUCAGAGAAGAGAGGGAAAAGGCACAAGAUGACGUAGCAUUAUUAAAGCAACUCAGGAAAGAGCAGACAAAGUUGAAAUUGAUGCAGUCGGAGCUGAACGUUGAAGAAGUGGUAAACGACAGAAGUUGGAAGGUAUUUAAUGAACGUUGCCGAAUUCAUUACAAGCCUCCAAAGAGUCAAUGAUAUUAAGUACUUCCCAUCAAGGUGGUCCAUAACCAUGAGAGCCAAACUGGAAAGAGACCUUGGGCGAGCUGAAUUGGGACCCUCCAGAGCCAGGAGAACCCAGUCCUGUUUUGUUUUGGACCUACUCUAGCUGGAAUCUCAAUUUAAAUAAUUCUCCUCUAAUUAAGAGAAAACAACUCAUCUUUUGUACAAAAUAUGUGAACAAAUGAGUUUUAUAGUAUUAAAAUAAUUUUCAA